GCAUUCCUCGCGACCGGUCGUCAUGGUGGCGGUGGGACGGCUUUGUCGAUAUAAGGGCCUCCCCUCCUCGCUCCGGAGGCACAACGACAAAGAGAGUCCAACCUUCUGCUUCCACGCAAGCUAGAGAACGAGAGGAGGGAAACGUCAACCCUGAAUCCAAGGACUCAAGCCAGCUUCAGCAUAGACAAUUUCGACACCGAAGAUGAUUUCUUUUUCAAAUUCAUUUUAAAUUGAGCUCUGCGUGCUGAGAAGAUGACCAGCUUGUGGGAUAGAGCUCUUUUUCUCCUAUGCUUUACAGCACAGGUGUUCACUAUAGCCCGGUCCCAAGUGUGCCCGCAGAGAUGCCGGUGCCCAGAGGAGCCCCCGAUCUGUCACCCCGGGGUGCCCCUGAUCCUGGACGACUGCGCCUGCUGCCUCGUGUGCGCCCGCCACGCAGGUCAGGCGUGUUCUGAACUCAACCCCUGUGACACACGCCAAGGCCUGCGGUGCGACGACACCUCCGGCGAACACAAGAAGACGGGCGUAUGUGUUGCGCACGAAGGCGACGCGUGUCUUCUGGACGGUGUGGUCUACCGGAACGGCCAGACCUUCUUCCCCAGCUGCAAGCACCAGUGCGUGUGCCGAGACGGGCAGAUCGGCUGCGUCCCGCGCUGCAACAUUGACGUCAUGCUGCCGGGGCCCGACUGCCCCGUGCCGCGCAGGGUGCGAGUGCCCGGCGAGUGCUGCGAGAAGUGGGUGUGCGAGCCCCAGGCGGAAGCCAGCGCACUGGGAGGCUUUGCGAUGGCAGCCUUUCGUCGGGAGGAAAUGGUGAGCUUUGACUCCUGGGAGCCCAGCUUGAACUGCAUCGAGCAGACCACGGAGUGGGGGGCCUGCUCCCGGACCUGCGGCACGGGGGUGUCCACCAGGGUCACCAACAACAACCGCCGUUGUGAGCUGGUCAAGCAGAGCCGGCUGUGCGUGGUCAGACCUUGUGACGACGACCGGCAGGACCGGACGGCGCUCACGAAGCCAAAGAGAGGCAGCAAAUGCCAGAGGACGGUGAGGAGCGAGACAGCCGUCCAGGUCUCCUACAAGAACUGCACCAGCGUGCAGGCCUACAAACCUCGCUACUGCGGCUCCUGCAAGGACGGCCGCUGCUGCACCCCGCACAGAACCAAGACCGCCCUGGCGGAGUUCACCUGCGCCGGCGGUAAAACCGGCAAGAGGCCGGUCAUGGUGAUCCUGACCUGCGCCUGCCACGGUAACUGCCCACGCGACAACGCGGCGUGGCAGCCUUCGGAGCCGGGCUACAGCGGCAUGACGCUAUAGGUCGUAGCGUUCGUCGUUACAGCUGGUGACUGCUUGCCUAUUUAGGAAUUCCUUUGAGUUGGACAAAUUGUUGUCCAAAAUCUUUAACAUGAGUUGCAUCAACUCUUAACUGUAGUCCAAGUUAUGCAAUGUAAUUCAGAGUUGUGCAUAAAUGUCCCUUUAGAAUGAAAGCACUUGGCACGUACGACAUAACGAGUUUCUCCUCUUUUGGAGAGCAGAUUUAGAGAAUGAACUACGACGUACAGUAUAUUCAUUAAGGACACACAAGGUAUCCUGAGAGCAUUUACGGGACGAAACUGUACAGAGUCGAAGCUGUGAAUGCUGCAAAUAGUCCCGUGGGGAAAUUAGUGUAGAAUUUAAAAAAAAAAAAAAGAAAUCAAAAAUGUAACUCAAUAUGUGAGAUUGAAAACUGUUGUGUAACAAUUAUGCUAACACGUGUUCUAAUAUGUUAUAAUUCUAAUGUUAUAAGCGUGCAGUUGACAAUUUCCAAGCACGGGACGCGUUGUUCAACUAACCGGAGCGUGCUCUACGACCUGGCCC